AGCCCUUCGUCCAGCCGCCGCCACUUCCUCUCCACGACUGCAUCUCCACAAUCUACCCAUCUCCGAUUGAUCUCCGGUACACCUCCGGUACAUCGACCACGAUUCGCCUCUUAAUUAACAUGUCCUGCAAGAAUUGCUUCCAGCGGUCCGAUUCCAUCAACGGCAUGCGACCUAAGGUACACCCUCUGCCCUCUCUCGUGCACGAGCCGCCAUCAUGCGCAUCAUCUGUACCUGCUGUGGUGAAGAGCGGAUCGGUCCAUGUUGGGGUGUUCAAGAUAGUGAUUAUGUGGAUACUCAAUACAACAGUAGUUGAGGGAUCUUGCCAUCACGCAUGUAAGUACAAGAUGUGGCCCAUGUACAGCAAGGUAAUUACCUCCUUCAUGAUCUACAUACUUAACUAGGUCCAGAUUGGUUGACGCUUGCAGUGGGAUUCUACCCAUACAUGUGCCCGUGUACACCUCCUGUACAGCGGCCACGGUUCGUCUCUUAAUCAACAUGUCCUACAAGAAUUGCUUUCGGCCAUCCAAUUCCAUCACCGGCAUGCGUGCAUGGGCCACCAGCAUGAGCAUCAUUUAUACCGGCCGUGGUGACAAGCAGAUUUGUCCAUGUUGGGUUGUUCAAGAUUGUGAUCAUGUGAAUACUCAAUGCAACAGUAGUUGCAGGAUCUUUCCAUCAAGCAUGCACGUAGAAGAUGUGGCCCAUGUACAGCAAGACAGCCCUACACCCCGGCUUCCCUCACUGUGGCAAUGCGUCAUUCAAAACCCUUUCUGCCCCGCUUGGUCGUCCUUCAUGCACAUGUGCCUGCAUUGCAUCCGAGCUGGACUAGGAGAAUGGAGCACCAUUUACCUGCAUAGAUGGCGUAGACUGAAGAUAAGGAGCAUUGUGGGGAUGUUGAUAUGGCCAUGCCGGCUUGGGCUGAUGGCCGCAGAUCGUGAUCAAGAAGUUGUGACAGAGUUCGAGUGGAGAAGGGUCUGCAUCGAGGAGCAUGUAUACACAGCAUACAUCUGGGUGGAGUUGGUAGAGGAGCGUGCCCAGAAUCUUGAUAUGGUGAACAAUAGAUUUUCAACAGACACAAGGAAAAAAAAUGCUUGGCUACAGAAAUAGCAGAACGAAAAAACAUUCCGACCGCCAUGGCGUGGCUGUUUAAUGCAGAUUGCAGACACGCUAGCAUGAAGUGAGGAGUCGUAGACCAGAAAAAGUUCAGGAAGGAUAAUACGAAAAUUCUAGGAGGUAAUGAUUUCUCUAUCUGUUUUGCAGUAUUUACCAUCAAGUGGCCACACACAACUUAUUAUACGUUAUAAUAAUUGGACGUGGCAUUGUUGUCAUUGCAUUUUAACUCGACUUCUGAUAAUGAGGUACUUACUAUGUUCAGGUAUCUUGAUUUACUUGGCCAAUACCGAUUUGUAACACAUAUAUUAACAAAUUAUCAAAAAACAAGAGAAAGCACCAUCACAUAUUCGUAUUGAUUUCUAAAAUAGUUUGCCAACACAGUUUUUUUUACCCUGAAGCCAAUACAUAUUUUAUUCUGAAUGAUAUUUGGUAUUCCUAUUAUCAUCAAAAUUUGUUUCCGUACAUGUUAUCUUCAUUUAUUGUUUUUCUCUUUCUUCAUUGAACGACCAGGCAGGAGUUCAGUUAUUUUUUAUAGAAGGAGAAACUAAUUGUAUUUUGUACAGAAGGAAGGAAUAAACUAGCAACAGAUAUAGCCCUUCGAUGCAAGCAUGUACUCUGCAGUUAUUUUUACAUAUUAUAUGAAGAAAGUGUAGUAAGAGUUUUUCUCUCCAGUUUCCUUGAUACAUUUACGGUCCGUAUAAAGGCAUGCUGCAAUUGUGCACAGGUGGAUAAUAUGUUUGUGUGCUAAAGGUAUGAUCAAUUGUCUACAGGUGGAUAUUUGUUUAUGUACUGUCCAGUUCUGAAGAAACGUGAUUUGAAGGUGAUCAGCAGUAAGAACUAUGGAUGAUAUGUUGAUGGGAACCUAAGAUUAUAAAGAAAAAGAUCGAGUUCCUUGCAAAAUUUCAAGACAAGGACUCAUCCAUUCACAUCACCCUUUUUUGGGGUUGUAGUGCUAUUUAUAAAUAUUCUUUAUGACAUAUAUGACCAAACAAUUUAUGUAUGGAACUGUACAAUGUAGC